UGGCGGCCGCGAGGGACCAGCACACUUCUGAUUCUGACCUAGACUCAGAAAGGAUCCACCAUGGUGCUGUCUGCGACCGACAAGGCCAACGUCCAUGCCGCCUGGGACAAGGUUGGCGGCCACGGUGCCGAGUACGGCGCGGAGGCCCUGGAGAGGAUGUUCCUGGGCUUCCCCACAACCAAGACCUACUUCCCUCACUUCGACGUGAGCCACGGCUCUCCCCAAGUCAAGGCCCACGGGAAGAAAGUCGCCGAAGCGCUAGCCAACGCCUCGAGCCACCUGGACGACCUGCCCAACGCUCUGUCCGCCCUCAGCGACCUGCACGCCCACAAGCUGCGCGUGGACCCGGUCAACUUCAAGCUUCUGAGCCACUGCCUGCUAGUGACCCUGGCCAACCACCACCCGGAUGACUUCACCCCUGCGGUCCACGCCUCCCUGGACAAGUUCUUCGCCGCUGUGAGCACUGUGCUGACCUCCAAAUACCGUUAAGCUGGAGCCCCGGCGGCCCUCCGGCCGGCCUUAUCCCCUCCUCGCAACUUCACCUCUUGGUCUUAUGAAUAAAGUCUGAGUGGGCGGCA